AUGAUUCGAGGUUGGAAUACCGUACCACAAGCAUUUAUUGCUUCAUUGUUUACAUGGGGUGUUACCGCUCUUGGUGCAGCCAUUGUUUUCUUCACACCGCCGUCGAGUAAAAAACUACUGGAUAUUAGUUUGGGUUUUGCUGCUGGAAUUAUGACAGCAGCAUCAUUUUGGAGUUUGUUAGCACCGGCAAUCGAAUUAGCAGCAGUAGAAAUGGGCUCCUUUGCAUUUCUUCCAGUCGCAGUUGGUUUUGCUGUUGGAGCAGCUUUUGUAUAUGCUGCUGAUCGGAUAAUGCCAAGUUGUGUGCUUUCGGACAUCUCAGUGGUGGAUCUGUUAAAGGAAGAUGCCGCGGUAGUCGAUACUAAAGCAGUUAAACCGUUGGAUGUAAUUGUUGAAGAAAGCAUAUCAAUGGUGAAACUUAAGGAAUCAAACGAUAAUAUUGCACGGAUCCAUCAGACGGAUGAUUCCACAGCUACUGCUAACAAUGCGGAUGGAAAUACUUCAGAUGCAACAACAACAGCUGUAACAGUGAUGGAAAAUGGCAAUCGAGCAGUUGAUAAAGAACAGGCUCUUAUCUCAUCUGUUUCGUGGCGGCGCAUCCUUUUGUUAAUUGUUGCUAUCACGGUGCAUAACAUUCCGGAAGGUUUAGCUGUUGGUGUUGCAUUUGGUUCUAUUGGGAAAACAGCCAAGGCAACCUUCGAAUCGGCUUUUGCAUUGGCUAUUGGUAUUGGUUUGCAAAAUUUCCCGGAAGGACUAGCCGUUUCACUUCCACUCGCUGCUUUCGGUCAUAGUAAACUAAAGUCUUUCUUUUACGGGCAACUAUCCGGUGUGGUAGAGCCAUUGGGAGCAUUAGCUGGUUCAACUGUCGUGAUCAUAAUGGAACCGAUUUUACCGUAUGCUUUAAGUUUUGCUGCAGGUGCAAUGAUUUAUGUUGUUCUGGAUGAUAUUAUACCGGAAGCACAACGAAAUGGUAAUGGUCGAUUGGCAUCUAUAAGUUCAAUUGUUGGUUUCUUGGUUAUGAUGGCGUUGGAUGUUGGUUUGGGCUGAUUAUA